CUUGUUUCCCUUUGCGCAGACGUCAGUAGGAAAAGUAGUCGAUCACGCAUCAGCCAUCUGAGGCUCUUGUUGGUGGAAAGCUUAAUCAUCAUGUUCCGCAACCAGUAUGACAACGAUGUCACAGUUUGGAGUCCACAGGGGCGUAUUCAUCAGAUUGAAUAUGCUAUGGAAGCAGUGAAACAAGGAUCUGCCACAGUGGGUCUGAAAUCUCGCAGUCAUGCUGUACUUGUGGCUCUGAAGAGAGCUCAGUCAGAGUUGGCCGCCCAUCAGAAGAAAAUUCUACACGUCGACAGCCAUAUUGGCAUCUCCAUUGCUGGCCUCACUGCUGAUGCAAGGCUACUCUGCAACUUUAUGCGUCAGGAGUGCCUGGACUCCAGGUUUGUGUUUGAUCGGCCUCUCCCUGUGUCCCGCUUGGUCACACUGAUUGGAAGCAAAACCCAGAUCCCUACACAGAGAUAUGGAAGAAGGCCUUAUGGUGUGGGACUGCUCAUCGCAGGAUAUGAUGAUAUGGGGCCACACAUUUUCCAGACCUGCCCCUCUGCCAACUACUUUGAUUGCAAGGCCAUGUCCAUAGGGGCCCGCUCCCAGUCUGCACGUACCUACCUGGAAAGACACAUGGAUGCUUUUUUCAACUGUGAACUGAAUGACCUGGUUCAACAUGGCCUACGGGGACUGAGGGAAACUCUACCUGCAGAACAAGAUCUUACCACAAAGAAUGUGUCCAUCGGGAUUGUUGGCAAGGACAUGGAGUUCACCAUUUACGAUGAUGACGAUGUGGCAUCAUUCCUUGAAGGCCUUGAGGAGAGGCCACAGAGAAGGGUUGCCCAGCCAGAUGACGAGCCGGCAGCAGAGAAGCCAGACGAGCCCAUGGAGCUCUGAGAUUGAAGUGUGUCCCAGACAGUGUGAAGAUGACAAAGCUCUUAUCCCUGAUUAUUUCAGUCAUUGGAUGGCAUCCUGUCCACAACCAAUAUUCCAUCCACACUCACUUGUAACUGUAUCAACAUGGAGAACAAUUACCAUUAUACUUGUAUGUUCUAGUCGAUUAUCUAUGAUUUUUGUUAGGCGUUCAAUGUUUGCAUUCAUUUUUUGUCAUUAAAGACAAACUUUUUCUGAACUUGUCUGGUUCGUAAAAAAAUAUAUAAACGUGAUGUUAGCUUUUCUCAUUACUGCAUUGUCAUUAUAUGUUCUUACGUGGCCACUCGGUGGUGGGUGUUUUCAAAGAGGAGGUAGGAACCAAAGUGGGGGUUUAUUUAUACCUAAGCACCAACUAAAUGUGAACAAAAAAAAUAAAAACAUAGAUUUUCAAACAUGGACUAA